AUGGAGGAACCAAUGCUGAGACUACUCGAUCUUAGCAAACCUUUUGAGGUACACAUUGAUGCAUCAGAUUCUGCUAUUGGUGGUGUACUCAUGCAGGAUGGACACUCAUUGGCUUUCAAGAGUCGGAAGCUCAAUGACAUGGGGCAAAGGAUACGAGAGGGCUUGUUGCAUGAUCCCCAUGCCAAAAGUCUAUUGGAGCUUGUCAAAGAUGGGAAGACAAGAAGAUUUUGGCCCGAUGAUGGUGUUCUUUAUGCAACAAGGAAGAGGAUCUAUGUUCCAAGGUGGGACAAUCUGAAGCACUAUGUGAGUGCCAACCAGCGAGAUUGGGCAAAGUUGUUGGAUGUUGCUCAGUUCUCAUACAACUUGCAGCGGUCGGAGUCAACAGGGUCAAGUCCUUUUGAGUUGGCAACAGGACAACAACCUAUGACACCAAACACAGUGGUGUCAGGCUACACGGGGAGUAGCCCAGCUGCAUACAAGACGGCCAAAGAGUGGCAGGUGACUAAUGAGCUGGCUCGGGCUCAAUUGGAGAAAGCAAAUCGGAAGAUGAAGAAAUGGGCGGACAAGCAUAGGCGAGAUGUUAUGUUCCAACCAGGUGAUAUUGUCUUUGUGAAGCUCAACCCCGCUCAACACAAGUCCACUAGAAAGUUACACAAGGCGUUGUUGAAGAGAUAUGAGGGCCCAUUUCCUAUCAUCCGAUCAGUGGGAAGAGCUGCUUACCGUGUGGAACUAUCACCCUGA